CAUCCAGAGGAAAUUUGGCUGGCGACCACUGCGAGGAUAUUUAUUAUGAAAACGCAAUGCUCGGUGAGCUGAAAGAGACUGUGGGUAGUUGCCACGUUAUUCUAAGGCUGCAGUAAAUCAACGACUUGAUUUUCUUCUAAAAAAAGGGUCUUAGUAAGUGAUCAUGAUGGAUAGCUAACGUUAGCUAGCUAGGUUGCUUGGAAGGCAAAUUGCUCAGUAACAGCCUAUAAAAGACAAUAAGAUCUUGAGUUAUACUAAACCUGACGCUGCCCAAAAGGCCAAGGGCCUAAGCAUUCCAAGACACAAUGCCGCUGGGUUUGAAGCCAUGUUGCGCGGUGUGCAAAACAAACUCCUCUUCCAUGUGGAAGAAAGGUAACCAGGGGGAGAUCCUCUGCAACAACUGCACAGUGAAGAGCACUAGCAGUGGACCCUCUGGACUCUCAGCCUCCUCCAGCGUUCAGCAGAAUAAUGGCGGAGGGAAACAGUCGAAGCAGGAGAUUCACAGGAGAUCUGCACGAUUGAGAAGCACGAAGUACAAAGCGCCAGCCUCCGAAAAGAAGGUUUCCACCAAAGGAAAGGGCAGGAGACACAUCUUCAAACUGAAAAAUCCAAUUAAAGCUCCAGAAUCCGUUUCAACAUUCAUCACAUCAGAGUCCAUCUUUCACAAAGGGGUUUACUAUCAGACGGGGGACGUGAUCAAAGUCAUCGAUGAGGAUGAUGGAAAGCCGUACUACGCGCAGAUCCGCGGAUUCAUCCAGGACCAGUACUGUGAGAAGAGCGCUGCGCUGACGUGGCUGCUACCUACACAGGCCAGCCCAAGAGAUCAUUUCGAUCCAGGAACAUACAUCAUUGGCCCAGAGGAAGAUUUGCCACGGAAGAUGGAGUACCUGGAGUUUGUUUGUCACGCACCCUCAGAGUACUUCAAGUCAAAAAGCAGCCCUUUCCCCACCAUGCCCAUACGCCCUGAGAAGGGCUACAUCUGGACACACAUUGGACCCACCCCUGCUGUUGCAGUCAAGGAAACCAUCGGAGUAGGCAACUAGCCUUUUUUAAUAUAACUUGCACAGACUGAGGACGCUGUACAGCUUCUUUUGAGGGUGUGCCAUUGAUCUGAACUAAUGAAAGUACGCUGGACAAAAACAUUGUACUGUGUUUCGUGUUCACAGUAGUGUAGAAGUGCGUGUACACUUUUUUUACCGUCACAUUAUGACUUUCUGUCAUGAACAUGAUCAGUGUUCUCUUUUUAAUAUGAGGAUGUGCCAUCACAAACUUGGAACAUACGGUGCUUAACAGACUCGUUCAUUGAAGUCUAAACGACAGACUUCCAUAAUGGAUCUUUUUAAACAGGGGGAACGUAAGGACAUUUGCUGUCAUCUCUUGAUGUUAGUCAAUGAAAAAUAAAAGUAGUGUGUUAACUGCUGCCUUUUGUCACCACA